AUGGGGCCUCUCACAAAGUUUGUUGUUGUUAUCUUACUCACUUUGGUUGUGAGUAUCCGAGCUGAGGAACUCAAAUCCUCAACAGCUUGUGAUUUUCCAGCUAUAUUCAACUUUGGUGAUUCCAAUUCAGAUACUGGCUGCAUGGCAGCAGCAUUUUACCCUAUGGCUUCUCCUUCUGGUGAGACUUUCUUCCAUGAGCCUGCAGGCAGAGCUUCUGAUGGCCGUCUUAUUAUAGAUUUCGUUGCCAAGCACCUCGGUUUCCCAUACUUGAGUGCAUACAUAAACUCAAUUGGAACAAGUUAUAGGCACGGUGCAAACUUCGCUGCAGGAUCGUCAACCAUUAGGCGGCAAAACAAAACCUUCUUUGAUGGCGGUAGUCCUUUCGUUCUUGAAAUCCAAAUUGAACAGUUUAACCAGUUUAAAGCACGCACUGGGAAGUUCUUCACGCAAGCAAAGAAUAAUUCAUACAGAAAACACUUUCCGAGGCCAGAGGAGUUUGCCAAUGCUAUCUACACAAUUGAUAUUGGGCAAAAUGAUAUUGCUGCUGCUCUUCAAAACGUAGGAGGGGAAGAUUCUCAAGCAGUGAUCUUAGACAUUGUGGAAUAUUUUUCAAACCAAGUUCAAAAUUUAUAUGGACUUGGAGCAAGGACAUUUUGGAUACAUAACACAGGUCCCAUUGGUUGCUUGCCAGUGGCCAUGCCCAUGCACAAUGCAAAUAAUUAUACUCCAGUGGCUGGUUAUCUAGAUCAAAACGGCUGUGUCAAUUAUCAAAACGACAUGGCCAAAGAGUUUAAUAAAGAGCUCAAGAAUAUAGUGGUCAAACUAAGGGCAAUGUUCCCUGAUGCUUCAUUAACAUAUGUGGACAUGUUCUCUGCUAAGUAUGAACUAAUCAGCAAUGCUAAUAAAGAAGGAUUCGUUGACCCUUCAAAUAUCUGUUGUGGGUAUCAUGAGGAUGGUUACCACGUGUACUGUGGGAACAAAGCAAUGAUUAAUGGUAAAGAAAUAUUUGCUGGUUCAUGUGAAGAUCCAUCGAAGUACAUUAGUUGGGAUGGUGUGCACUACACUGAGGCCGCAAAUCGCUGGAUUGCCACUCGAAUACUCAAUGGUUCAUUUUCAGAUCCACAAGUUCCCAUUGCACACUCAUGUCAAAUAACCCAUUAA